AUGAUUGAAACCCUUCCUAGUGUACAAGAAAAUGACGACUGUUUUGAGGUAGAUAACGUUACUGAAAAUAAAAAUAAUUAUGAUAAAAUACAAUUGUUUAUGGAUUACUCAAAGACAAAAUUUGGGUGUCUAGUUUAUGAAAAAAAUUUAUGUUUGUUACAUAUAUUACCUCAGGAUAUGGAGUUGACCAAAAAUAUCGAAUUACUAACGGAAAUUAAUGAUGACGAAGAAGACCCGUCGUUACAAUUUGAUAAUAAUAAGUUUACCAAAGACAUAAAUUUGUUAAUUGAGAAUAUACUGAUCCAGUUUAAUCCAGAAACAAUAAUUAUAUCAUCAAGAUUUGAUGAAAUUUGUUAUGAUGUACUGGUUAAGAAGUUUAAAGAGAAGCAUUUAAACAUUGAGAUCAGAUCGUUUGCACCUAUUAAGGAGAACGAUAAUCUUGGGAAUAUUAAAAUUUUGGAUAAUGUUAGUGAUAAGAUAUUUUAUUCAAUUAUCAAUGAUAAAAAUAAGAAUAAUGAGUUGAUUCAAAAUUGCAUUAAAAGUUGGAUUGAGUAUAAUAAUGAAAGUAACGAAAUAAACGCAACUGCAAAUGACUCUAUAUCAUUUAACAUGACUAGCUCAAAAAAUAUUAAAAACAGUAACAAUCAAUUUAAUAUUCAAUUAAAAUUUUUGAAAUACAUUUCAUUGAAUGAUCGAGUUUUAGUUGAUGAAAACACAAUUCAUUCUUUGCGUAUUUUGCCAAGUAUACGUAAAUUUGGGUCAGAUAACUUGGUAACUAAAGGCUAUUUUAGUUUAUUAGAAUUACUAGAUCGUACGCAUCUGAAAAGUUCUAAAACAAUGCUAAGAUCUUGGAUUCUAUCCCCAUCAUGUAGUUCAGAAGUCCUAGAAAAGCGCUAUAACUUUUUGGACAUACUUUUAUCAACUGAAAACAAUUCGGUCUUUGACGGUUUACAAAUGACAUUUAAAAAAUAUAGUGACAUGAAUAAUAUCCUUUUAAAAUUAAAAUCCGGUUCAUUGACGAUAUAUAAUUGGAGAAAGUUAAAUGAAAAUUUCCAAUAUGGUAUCAUACUGUAUAAAGAGUUAUGUGAACUGGAUUAUCUAAAUUUAGAAAUUGAUGAAGACCUCAAACAGUUAUCUGACUUCGAUAUAACCGAUGAAUUGACAGAAUUGUCAGCAUAUAUAUGCAACGUUAUUGAUUUUGAUGAAUCUAAAGAUAUUGAUGACAUUUAUAUCAGAGAAGGGUUAUUUCCCGAAUUUGACUCUUUACGAGAAACGUAUAACAAUUUAGAAGAUAUACUAAGUUCCAUCGUAAUGGAAGUGGAAGAACAUGUUCAAAACAAUUUUGAAGUCGAAUUUUCCCAGAGCAAAACUUACUUCAACGCUGUAUAUAUACCCCAGAUUGGAUUUCUAAUUACGAUAGAUUUAAAUGAUAUUUCACCACUUAUCCAGAAAAUUACUUCAUCAUGGGAGCAAAUAUUUCAGACAGAAACAAAUUGUUAUUUUAAAAAUGAACAAACCAAUACACUUGAUAAUGAAAUUGGAGAUAUAUAUUGUCAAAUAGAAGAUCUGAAAUUGGAUAUACUAUUAAAAUUACAACAAUAUGUUACAACUAAACAUGAUUUGCUUAUCACAUUUGGUUCUAUCAUAACGAAGAUUGAUGUUUAUCUUUCUUUGGCUGUUGUAAGUGAUGAACUGAAUUACGUUAAGCCCACAUUAGUAACCAAUAGUAAUGACUUAAUAAUAAAAAAAGGCAGACAUCCAUUAUUUGAAACGAUACUACCACAUUAUAUUGCAAAUGAUUUUCUUUUGGAAGGAGGAACUUUAUUAAAUAUAGAAAAUUGUGACGCCAACAAUGGUUCAUGGAUAGAUGAGAAUGCGAAGCGCCUUGCCAUAGUUACGGGAGCAAAUGCUUCAGGGAAAUCAGUAUUUAUGUCACAGGUCGGGUUGAUCGUUUAUCUUGCACAUAUCGGAUGCUUUGUACCAGCAGAAUCUGCAAGAAUUGGAAUUGUGGAUAUGAUUUUGUCAAAUAUCGAAACUAAGGAGUCCAUUUCAAACAACCACAGUUCCUUUGAGCUAGAUAACAUCCAAAUGAUGAAGAAUUUAUCAGUAAUGACUGAACGUAGCCUUAUAUUAAUGGAUGAGUUUGGUAAAGGAACUGGCGUUAUUGAAGGCCCAUCUCUCUUUGGUGGUAUAUUAUCUUAUCUCAAAAAUCGACCCGAUUGUCCUCGAGUCAUUUGUUGUUCACAUUACCAUGAAUUGUUUAAAGAAGGCAUUAUAUCACCAAAUUCUGAAGGUUUGAAAUUUUAUACAACAGAGAUUAUAUUAAAUUCUGAUAAAAUUGAUAAGCUCAAUGAAAACAUGGAUAAAGAAAAUAGAGGUAUAACGUUUCUUUACAGAAUUAAGGAAGGUAUAUGUAAUAAUUCAUUUGGGAUAUAUUGUGCUUCGAUAUGUGGCAUUGCAGAAGAAAUAAUAGAACGAGCAACUUUUCUUAAGAGACAUACAGAAAAUGGAAAUGAUAUCAUGGAACUUUUCUCAUCAAUUUCCAAACAAGAUGAAAUUACUUUUGACAAUAAUCAAAGUAUAUUAAAACGAUUCCUUUCAUGGGAUAUUGACCUUGAAUCAACUUCCUCGAGUGACGAGCUAAAAACUAAACUGGCUUCAUUGAUAAGCUCUAAUAUUUAA